GGAAAAAAAAGAAAGGGGGGGAAAAGCCGCGGCGGAGACGGCAGCGCGAUCACCGGGGCCGGACGGCAGCCGGGCGCUCAUAUCCAGGCUGGACGGCGCUUCCCAGCUCCCCGGCCAUGUGCGGCACCCGCCGGCUGGAGCCUCCAAGCCGGCCAUGAACUCCGCAGGGCGAGGGAUGCUAGCAGUGCCUCGGAAUGCCUUAUGUAGACCGUCAGAAUCGAAUUUGCGGAUUCCUGGAUAUUGAGGAUAAUGAAACUUGUGGGAAGUUCCUCCGUCGGUAUUUCAUCCUGGAUACCAAAAUCAACAGCCUUUUAUGGUACAUGGACAAUCCUCAGAAUCUGGCUGUAGGCUCAAAAGCAGUAGGAUCUCUACAACUGACCUAUAUCUCUAAGGUCAGUGUGGCUACCCCCAAGCAAAAGCCGAAAACACCGCUCUGUUUUGUUAUCAACGCCUUGUCUCAGCGAUAUGUCUUGCAAGCCAAUGACCAAAAAGAUCUGCAAGACUGGGUGGAAGCGUUGAACACCGCCAGCAAGAUUACGGUACCAAAGCAUGGAAGUUUGUCACUAGCUACAGACGCAGGAAGGCAACCAUAUAAGACUGAAAUCAUUGGCGGAGUCGUCGUACAGACACCAAUCUCAAUCAACCAGAAUGGAGGAGAUGGCUCUGAAGGCCACGAGCUUUCGUCUCACCCUUUGUUGAAGCGGUCCCAGAGUUAUAACCCCGCUACCAAAACCCCAGUGGGACCGCUAGUCCUCAAGAGCGGCUACUGUGUGAAGCAGGGGAACGUAAGAAAGAGCUGGAAACGCCGUUACUUCAUCCUGGAUGAAAUGUCUGUCAAUUAUUACAAAUGCGAGCAGGAUAAAGAGCCCUUGCGGUCAAUCUUCUUGAAGGAUGUUCUGAAGACUCAUGAAUGUCUCGUCAAAUCUGGUGACCUUCUAAUGAGGGAUAAUCUCUUCGAAAUUACAACAAGCUACAGGACCUUCUAUAUCCAGGCCUACAGUCCUGAAGACAUGAAAAGCUGGAUCAAAGAGAUUACGGGUGCGGUGCAAGCAUUAAAGAGCUGUCCCAGAGAAAUGCCUUUGGUGAGAUCGGUGUCGAUGGAUAAACGAGGGAGCCCUCCCUUCUCCGGCUCCACCACAGCACCCAUAGCAUGGCUCAAGCAGCGAGGAGAGGAGUCCAAGGUUGGCCCCAGAGGCCCCUCCACUUCUUGCUGGCUGCCUUGGAUGCCCGUGCCACCGAUGGAGGAGAAGCAGCAUCCGGCAUCCAAGGAACAGGCUGAAGAGCUGAGCAACUCUGGGUUCGCCCCUUUGUCCGCUGAGCGGGAUGCCAGAGAGACCCAGGUCAGGCGCUUCCGACACAGGUCGGAACCCCAGAACUUCAGAGAGCACCGUUUCCUGAUGGACUUGGAUGAUGAGAACAUCAGAACCUCGGAUGUGUGACGAUACAGGCAGUUGCCAGGAAACGGGCAUUCUAAGGACGGGAUGUUCUGGAUGAACCAUUGCUAGCUUGCACCAGCUCCAGUUGCAGAGAGGGAACAGAUACUGCAAAGAAAGUUAAAGCUCAGAAGAAUCUACAUGUAUGGGUGGGUCGCUGGAGUCUUCUCAAGAUCCAGCCUAAUCCAGCGGGUGCCAGGAUGCUCACGAUGGGCCCCGUUUCAAGUCCUUUGAGGAUGCCAGAACUGUAUGAAGGAACUUGCCUUCCAUUCGCCAUCGGAAGCCGUUUGUUCCACCGUCAUGGCUUCCCAUCUGGGAAGGGAAGGGAAGCCGAUGGUUGGAGGCCUUGAUGUACAUGUCGCCUUCCUGUCUGUUUUGAUUGUGCAAAAAGACUUUACUAGAGUUACCCGGAAUAUACAGCCACACAGUGUAUCUGCUCUUUUCUGCUCUGGUAGCAACAAUUGUGUGGUUUUGCUUGAUCAGUGGAUGAGUUGAAGGCCGUUCGCCUUGUCCAAAGCUUUGGGUAGGAAGAGAGUUUGGAGUUUCCUUUUCUUUCUCCCUCCCUUCCCCUCCUUCAUUUUCCUCCCUUCCCCUCCUUCCUCCCUCCCUCCU